AUGUCGUCGAUGCCAUUAUAUCAAUGUCAGAUUAAUACUGACAAUAUCAAAUUAAUUGGCAAUAUUCUAGAAAAAGAAAAUUUUAUUCAACAACCUACAUUAUCUACUUUCGUGAAAUCAAAUUUAGAUCAAACUAUUCAAAUUGAUUUAUCACAAUCAUUUGAAUCGCCCUCAAUUAUUUGUUGUUGUUCAACAAUAUCAAUAUCAUUGCCUCAAUUAUUAUCUUUUCUUAAACCAAAUUCUUCUUCUACAAUUAAUCUUAUACUUUUUAAUCAAUCAUCUGGUCUGAUUGAUUGGAAUUCUUUAAUUAAUCUUACAACUACAUAUAAUUUGUCAUUAAAUAUUGUUAAUAAUGAAGAAAAUCUCGCAUUAGGACAACGUGGAGCAUUUCGUGGUUCAACUGUUUGGUUAACUGGACUUUCCGGUGCUGGAAAAUCGACUAUAGCUUUUGCAUUAGAAGAAUAUAUAGUAAGCAAAGGUUUGCCAGCUUAUUGUCUUGAUGGUGAUAAUAUUCGAUGUGGUCUCAAUAAAAAUCUUGGAUUUUCUAAUGAAGAUCGAGUUGAAAAUAUUCGACGAAUAGCUGAAGUAGCAAAGCUAUUUGCUGAUGCUGGUAUCAUGUGUAUUGUUGCUUUUAUUAGUCCAUUUGAACAAGAUCGAGAAUGUGCUAGACAAUUGCAUGAAUCUGCAAAUAUACCAUUUAUUGAAGUAUUUCUCAAUACACCUUUGUCUGUAUGUGAAGCACGAGAUGUCAAAGGUUUAUAUGAAAAAGCACGAAAAGGAUUAAUCAAAGGUUUUACGGGCAUCGAUUCACCUUAUCAAUCACCAGUGCAUCCCGAUGUUAUAAUAGAUACAAAUGAAAUAUCAAUUAAUCGGUCUCUUGAAAUGAUUAUAGGAAAGCUAGCUGAACGUAGUGUUUUAUCACCAACAUUGAUUCUUUCAGUACAUGAAUUGUUUAUGACUGAACAUAUGCGUGAAAAAGCAUUGGAAGAAUUUACAUCAUUAGACAAACUUGAAAUUACUGAAUUAGAUUUACAAUGGGUUCAAGUAUUAAGUGAAGGUUGGGCAACUCCACUUAGCGGUUUUAUGCGUGAAACUGAAUAUUUACAAUGUUUACAUUUUGGUUGUUUAAUGAAAGGUCAUAUUGAAAAUCAAACAAUUCCAAUAGUUUUACCAUGUACAACUGAAGAUAAAGAACGUUUAACAUCAUCUUCAACAAUAGCUUUAUGUUAUAAAGGAAAACUUGUUGCACUUUUAAAAAAACCAGAAUUUUAUCAGCAUAGAAAAGAAGAACGAUGUGCAAGAACAUUUGGAACUACAGAUCCUGAACAUCCUCAUAUUAAAGUAAUUCUUGCAAGUGGUGAUUGGUUAGUUGGUGGAGAUGUUGAAGUUUUAGAGAAAAUUCAAUGGAAUGAUGGUCUUGAUCAAUUUCGUUUAACACCUAAUGAAUUACGACAUCGUUUUCGUGAUAUGAAAGCUGAUGCUGUCUUCGCUUUUCAACUUCGAAAUCCAAUUCAUAAUGGACAUUCACUUUUGAUGCAAACAACACGUCAAUUAUUAAAUGAACGUGGUUUUAAGAAUCCUGUUCUUUUACUCCAUCCUCUAGGUGGUUGGACAAAAGAUGAUGAUGUUCCAUUACCUGUUCGUAUGGCUCAACAUCAAGCUUUUUUAAAUGAAGAUGAACAUGAUAGACUUGAUCGUUCUCGAACUGUUCUUGCUAUAUUUCCAUCACCAAUGAGUUACGCAGGUCCAACUGAAGUACAAUGGCAUGCAAAAGCUCGUAUGUGUACUGGUGCAAAUUUUUAUAUUGUUGGUCGUGAUCCAGCUGGUUUACCACAUCCAUCGGAUAAAUCCAAAGAUCUAUAUGAUCCAACACAUGGUUCAAAAGUUUUAACAAUGGCACCCGGUCUUAAUCAAUUACAAAUCCUACCAUUUAAAGUAGCUGCUUAUAAUCAUGUUUUAAAAGAUAUGGCUUUUUAUGAUCCUACUAAACAUGAUGAAUUUGAUUUUAUAUCAGGUACACGAAUGAGAAAAAUUGCUCGUGAUGGUGAACAACCACCUGAUGGAUUUAUGGUACCAGCUGGAUGGAAAGUAUUAUCGACUUAUUAUCAAUCUUUGGCAACAAAAUCUUAG